AUGGCACGGGACCAUUCCGACUUGGAGGUCGCUCCCGAAACAAACCUUCCAGAGCCCGUUCAGCCUGGCAAAAUCUACUAUGAAGAUGCUCCCAAGGAGGCAGCCACAGAGAUCAAUGCGGUUCCCCCACGACAAAUAUUCGGAUUACCUCCUAGGCGAUUCUGGAUUAUUCUAUGUGGAAUUAUCCUAAUUGUCGCGGCUGCUGCAAUAGGCGGCGGCGUAGGCGCAACUCAAGCCGCCAAGUCAAAGCCAAACAACAGCGACAACUCAACGAGCGGAAACAACACAAACAGCAAAGACACAAGCACCUUACAGCCGGCUACGGCAACUACAAACCCACCAGCCACUCUAACAACAUCAUUACAAAUUGGGCCGACACAAACCCUCUACCGCGACUGCCCGUCUUCGAACAACACGAUAUACAACGCCCUCGGCUCGAGUGACUACCAGUUCCGAAAGUUCUGCAACCUCAGCUUCCGCUGGUCAGGAGCAGAUCUUGUCAACACACCUGCAAAAAGUCUAAACGAAUGCGUCAACAUGUGUGUGGCGUAUAAUGUGAAUAACAAGACGGCGAUUGCGGACCGCAAGAGCACUAUUUGCAAUGCCGUCUGCUGGCGGAACGAUAUCAAGGACAGGGAUUGGCCGGGGCAGUGCUUUGGGUCUACGGUUCAGAAUUCUUCGGAUACGGGGUUUCCGAUUAAUACGGAGGAGACGAUUUGUGAUUCGGCAGCGUGGGUUAACCAGCAUUUUCCGUGA